UAUCUGUCCUGCCACUCAGCCGCUUGUAUCCCAAGCCCUUGCAAACCAGAAACUCCAAGGUCAGUGACUAAGCCAUGAAAUUCUACUGUUUCGCCUGUGCCCGAGCAUUCGGAGAAGAAUUCCAAAACCUCCUCUGGUCUUCGUUCUCUUCUCAUCCACCUGAACCUCGGUUUCCUUUUCUGCCAAGUGAAAAGGCAAGGCUCUGGAGAUGGGGUUCUCGGUCCAGGCCUCUCAACUCGCAAACUGUGACCUAAGCCAAGUGUGCUUCCUUCAUUGUCCUUAAACAGGUGGCUUCUGACAGAGCGAGUGACAGCUUCAUUUUCAGUGACCUGUUUGGCCCCAGUGUGUUGAACUCAACGGACAUCAGAUAGACUGGAAGGCUUGGUCAUUUUUAUCUUCAAAGAGGCGUUCGGAAUUCGCCCUGUGUUUUUAUUUUAAUAACUAGUACAGAAGCUUCCUCCGCAAGCUGACUCUGAAUUUCGGAAGCAACUAAUUCUACAAAAGAAUGAGAGCAGGGAAGUGGAGGGCAGCCUGACUGCUUGCUGCUGUCAUACCUGAUGAGCCAACAUGGCCGUCCUCUCUAAGGAGUAUGGUUUUGUGGUUCUAACCGGUGCCGCCAGCUUUAUCAUGGUAGCUCAUCUAGCCAUCAACGUUUCCAAGGCCCGAAAGAAGUACAAAGUGGAGUAUCCGACCAUGUACAGCACGGACCCUGAAAACGGGCACCUUUUCAACUGCAUUCAGCGCGCCCACCAGAACACGUUGGAAGUGUAUCCUCCUUUCUUAUUUUUCCUAGCUGUUGGAGGUGUUUACCACCCGCGUGUAGCUUCCGGCUUGGGCUUGGCCUGGAUCGUGGGACGAGUUCUCUACGCGUAUGGUUAUUACACAGGAGAACCCAGCAAGCGGAGUCGGGGCGCCAUCGGCUCCAUAGCCCUCCUUGGCCUGCUGGGCACAACCGUGUGUUCUGCCUUCCAGCAUCUUGGUUGGGUUAAAACCGGCUUGGGCGGGGGGUCCAAAUGCUGCCAUUGAAGCAUCAUAGGCUGUUUAAAAACUCUCGUUCAUUUUGAGUGACUUUUAUUUUCAGUUACUUUUUUUUUUCUAAAUAUAAUAAAAACCUACCUGGCAUUAGCCUCAUACCUAAA